AUGGCUGCAGUUCAACAGACCGAUCCCGGCAGCGAACUCGAUGCCCUGUUCCCCUCCCCAUCUUCCCCGCCAAACGUACUUUCCCCUCCCCGGUAUCCUGGUGCUUCCCCAGAAGCAACUGUAGCUCUAUUAGGUGUCUUGAAGGAUAACUACACAAAGUACCACAUUUUCUUCAACUACCAGCAGUUUCAUAACCAUGUCACUCAUCGUGCGCUGGCACUUUUCGCGAUGGGCGCAAGUGGGCCUCUGAUCGAAGAGUUAUAUAAGCAAGACAGCGCCAUUCAGCGCCCAGCCGUUAGGUCUCCCGAGGCUAUCACAGAAGAGAACUUUAUUGAACAUAUGGGUGAUGAAAACUUUUACGCCGCGUACACAUCCUUCUUCAUCAAGAUUAUCGAUGAAAAGACCCUCAGUGCCAUGCUAGAGGAAUACAUCUUCUCUAAGAAGUACAACUUUAUAGAGGGACGAGACGCAUCCGCCCAGCCAGUGAUGUUGGCGCGCUUCCUUGGAGGUUUUUUACACGCUUUCAUCCAUGUAGGAUACGGCGCGGAAUUAGGCAUCCCAGGCAUGAUCGUCGAAGGCGAGGAACGUCUUGCAUUGACCAGCGUGCAUGGGCAUAAUUUCUUACCAUCGGAUCUCUUCGAGCAUAGCGGCACGACCGCAGUGGAAGAGCCUACAACUCGGCUUGCCUCGCUUGUCCUUAAUACAAAGGCAUCUACUGCGCCCUCUCCAGUCGCACAACCGCCAAAAAGCCAUGCAUUCUCCAUUCUUGCGAAGAUCAUGCAAGAUCCGAAAUUCACACCGAAGGUGAUCAAAAAGCAUUUCAGAAAUUUUGAUGGUUUGAUGUCCGAGCACGGCGAUACUGUAUGGGACUACGCUAAACAAUGGACGAUCGACCCGUCGCAGCCAGGCGAAAUCGAACGUAAGAUGGAAGAAUGUAUUUGGAUAAGCAGUAUCCUCUACACCAUUGGAGGAUGGAACAAAGAUGGAAGCUUCACAGCAGACUUCGUCUGCAUGCAUUUAGUCACCUCGAGUCUCUUCCUUCCAUCCUUGUUGGCUUACCUGACGAUAGACUCGCAGGUUCUUCUACUCCGUGGAUACUUUGCGACGAUUCUUGGGUUGUAUAUCACACGCGGCUUCCCUAGACUGGACAUUCAAGGUUUCCUCAGCGCCACCUCACAUCUUCCGUCAGAAAACAAGGUCGAUAAUUCAUUCCUCGACAUCGUUGAGUCCGGGAUAAUGCACCCAAACGACCAUGUGUCAAAGAUUCAGCGCGCCUUUGCACAUUUCUCUUCACUCUAUGGCACACGGCCCAAGGGCUACUUCAAGGAUACGGAACUGGAGGGCGCAGAGGCGCUGGAUGGAUCGCUCUUCCUUUUAGGCGCGAGAUUGACUGACGAGUAUAUGAGGUACGGGACGUUCUGGAGCCUAGAUGGGUUUCUUGCGGAAUGAACGAGGGAUUUGAAAUGUAUGUGACACAAACGCCGUUGAACCAAUGACUGUAAUUUUAUUUGCUUCAUCGAAGGUCUUUCGUAGGCGUCCUGUUGUGUUGAGAUACCGAGUGAGAUGUGGUACUGCUUCUGCUUCGGAUAGAAGGUAAGACAAUGAGGAUGCUUUCCGGCCUAAGGCGUUGACGAGGAUGUGUCUCUCUCCACGGUAGCGUGGGCAGUCUAACAGGUAGUG